AUGCCUGGCAAAAUUAAUGGCGAGAUUCUAGACGUCGCUAUUAUCGGUCAGGGGAUUAUUGGAUUGACACUUGCUCUUGGACUCAUUAAACGAGGAAUCAACGUGAAAGUUUACGAGCAAGCGUCUAGCCUUAGAGUGACAGGCGCUGGAGUAGCAUUUACAGCCAAUGCAAUUCAAUGCAUGAAUCUUCUCGACCCUCAGAUUGUCGAUGCACUGAGAUCAGUGGCAACAUCAAACGGUGAUCCAGCAAACCCUAACGACUACUUGCGAUGGGUUGACGGAUAUAGUUCCCCGGCGGGUCAGGAUCCUCUAGAGGAAAAACUUCUCUUCAAGCUUUACGCCGGUACAAAGGGAUUUGAAGGCUGCCACCGAGCGCACUUUGUGGAAGCCUUGGCGGCUUUGAUGCCCGAAGGAGUUGUACACUACAGCAAACGACUUGACAAGAUCUACGAAACGGGUGACAGCGAGAAAGUUGUUCUAAGCUUCCAUGAUGGAACAACCGCGUCGGCGGAUGCUGGUAAGUUCUUCACCCUUCUAAGAAAGAAUUGUCAAAGUCAAGUUCUUACGGCAACGGCAGUCAUCGGCUGUGAUGGGAUCAAUUCCCGAGUUCGAGAACAUCUCUUCGGCUCAGACAACCCUAUCUCUCACCCAAACUAUAGUCACAAAGCCGCAUAUCGAGGUCUCAUACCUAUGGACAAGGCAGUUGAGGCUCUCGGUGAAUACAAGGCCAAGAAUCAGCACAUGCAUCUAGGUCCCAAGGCCCAUAUUGUUCAUUUUCCAGUUGUGAACCAGACGAUGGUAAAUGUCGUGGCAUUUGUCAGCGAUUCUGAAAAAUGGCCCGACGACAAUAAACUUGAUGUUCUAGCAGAACGGGCAGAUCUCGAGGCAGCUUUCAGUGAUUGGGGUCUUCCAGUGAGAUCAAUAGUUCAAUUGCUACCCGAACAGCUCAGCAAGUGGGCUGUUUUUGAUACUUACGAUCACCCAGUCCCGUACUAUUCGGCUGGCCAGGUUUGUUUAGCCGGAGAUGCUGCACAUGCCGCUGCUCCUCAUCAUGGUGCCGGUGCCGGUGUCGGUAUUGAGGACGCUCUUUGCCUGGCAAGCGUGUUUGAGGAAGCACUGAAAGCUCCUCAUUAUACUGACACACUCAAUUCGGAUAUCAUUAGUGCAGCAUUUGAGUCUUACAACGCCGUUCGGCAUGAACGAACUCAAUGGCUGGUACAAAGCAGCCGCGAGGUUUGCGAUAUUUACGAGUGGGCUAAUCCGCUCACUGGCGACGAUCCAGAAAAGUGCCUUGAAGAGAUUAUGUGGAGAUCUCAUAAAAUUUGGUAUUUUGAUUUUAUAGGAAUGGUUCAAGACGUGAAAAAAGACUUUAAUCAGCGAAUCCAAGGAAAUGCCUCCAAGCCCAUGCCCAUCGAGGCUCCUGUAGCGGUUCGGCUAUGA